AAAUUUCUGCACUCCACGUGAAGUGUCACAGCAGACGAGAGUACCUCAUCACUUAUUUAUAGCCGAUAGAGACUGUUAUUACCCAAACCGGCCAAUUAAAUGUGAGGGAAAAUGAAAUUCUGAACCAGAAGACAAAACGACUUACAGGAGAAAACUGACCCAGAGGAGAAAAUGACUCUCGGACGAAAAGUGCUCGAGACAACGAUUUCGUGAUCAUCCAUUUAUGAACUGUGAACAAAAUUAUUUUCUUUUAAUUCUCUGAGCUGAGACACAGCCUCAAACACUGACUAGUUUUAUCGUUUCCGGAACCGAGGUGGGAUUCUGAAUGGAUGCCAAAUUUAGUGUAUCAACGCACAGCCUAUCACUCCAAACCAUAUUUGAUAAUUUGAAUUGAACGUUCAAAUCUUUAAACUUUCCACGUGGAUUCGUGUGUGGGAACAUUGAAUUUACCUUUGUUUGGGCUUCGUUUUGGUGUGUUGUUAACUAUCGGUCCAUAAUCACAAAUGAAUUUCAUAACUUUUAAAUUGAAAUUUGAGAAAAUAAACGUUUGCAAUUUUCGAAGGCAAAUAAUACUUUAAAACGAGAACUCCAUAAAUAUUUCAGAUUUAAAGUGAAACAAAUCUUUGUUUACCAUUGCAUGAUGCAAAGCCAGUAAAGAAAUGAACAAGGGGUUACAGUUCAACACAGUAAAUAUCAACUGCGUUGGAGAAGCCAUUGCAGAAAAUAUGUAACCGUCCACUUAUUAUUGGCGAGAUAGAUUAUCAACGAUUUCUAAUGGGCAUGAAAUUAAAACUUGACAUUUAACGAAAAAAAGCGGUCAAAUGCACAGGCUGCAUAGGAAUGUAAGGCGCCUGAUGUGAAAGAAAUGAUGAAGAAUACAGAUCGUCACGGGUUGAAGCCGAGUGUUUCGUUAGAGGUACAUAACAUGAAAGAAAUGACCAUCAGAAAUAGUGUGGAAAAAUUAGAAUGUGAGAAAAGACAGAAAAUCAUCGAGAAACAAAGGAGUUAUUUCGUCCGUCAGCAUUCCAGAGAUGAAAAUGAAAUAAAACAGAUUUUGCUGCGCCUACAGCUGGAACAAGAGACGAAUCACGACCAAGCGGAAGAUUCUACACUUUACACGGACGAUGAAAGUAGAGCGACUUCGCUGUAUGACCUUGACAAAAGGCUGACUGACCAGGAUGAGGGAAUUGUUAAUCCUUACCCGCUGGUCAUUGUCCCGAAAUACGGAUCUCCGACCCCGCUGAAAAACAAAAUUAGGGAUGAGGUAGGUAGUCCACCGGGACUGUCCCGCAGGCAUGCCCGUGAUGAACAGCCGAUAAAAUCCUCAUCAUUUCGUGCGACGGUUAUUGCCGCUACAUUUAUCAACAAAUUACACGCUCCUAUAGCAGCCAGGAAAGGCGGGAACAGUCCUUUCAAAGAAGGAAGUAAUGCAUUAUGGGUCGGUGAUCCGGAGUACAUAUCUUCUGUCCGUCGUCCGAGGAAGUCGGUAGCCGAUAUGAAUCAUCAGCGGAAUUUCUAUCGAACUAAAUCCGACCUUCAUAGGUUUGAUGUCGGCACUCCAUCUGAUUUUGGUUCCGUGGUCAGUGUAAGGGGUGAAUCCCCAAGGUCAAAUGCUGAAGAACUGCUUAUCUUGCCUGUCACAAAUCCUGAGGACAACCACGAUUCGAUAGGUUCGCGGGAAAAGGAAACCUCACCCAAACUUGUUCGAAAACUAUCAAAAGACAAAAAGGGCCUCGAGAAGAACCACAAGGAAACUAGUACAUCUACAGAGGUGAAAAAAUCUCCAAGACUGGCGAGGGAGUGUUCUUCAGAAGGGGCCAAGUCCAGUGUCGAGCGAAGUCUCUCUUUUACUAAUGUUUCCAAGCGUCGACAGGAAUUGCACAAGUCAGACAACAUCGAGACACGAAGAUCCAACCCCCGUGGAGACCAGUCAGACAACAUCGAGACACGAAGAUCCACCCCCCGAGCAGACAAGUCAGAAAAACAUCACGUGCGGAAAUCAUCUUUGAAAAAGAAGAAAAACGACAAUGAAACCUCGACAGAGAAAGCCAAGAAAAUUUCUUUUGCUGAGGACUCCCUACCCCAAAGAAGUAGGUCAUUGAAGGAAAGGAAAAAUGUGGGUGUCGGCCGCCCUAGAUCCUCUUCUACUGGAGAUACGUAGCAGACCUUCCAAGCAACUGGAAAACCUGUUUCGUAUCCAUUAUAUCUGCUGAUCUAGCAACUCGAAAAUGGUUCCAUGUAAGCAGAUGGAGUACAGAAGUGUGUAGUGUGCAUUUAUACUGUGAAUGGCAUUCAUAAAUAUUUAAUUUGUUUUCGAUCUCCAUUUGAUCAAAUAAAUUUUUAAUCAGCCGAGAA